CCGGCAAGCCCCCGGCCCGGACUCGGAGGGAUGCGGAGCGGCAGUGGCGGCGGCGGUGGCGGAGACUGUGGCUUUAAGAGCGCACAGGGAGCGCCAGAGUCAGCCGUGCAGUCCUUCGUAGCCAAGCACUCCGGAGGAGCCGAGCCUGGCGCUGGCGGGACCGGGCAGCCUGCCGCCAGGUGGUGGCUUCAAGUGUUGGCGUGCUCCUGGAGUCUGAAAAUAGAUGAGAUUUCUGGACUGUUGGAUGUGGCUGCCGAGAACCAGCUGUGGGCCUCUGCUAGAGAGUCCUUCCUCUGAAGACGUCACCAGUGUGUGGAGCCUGCCGCACACCCACCCCCUGCCAAACCACGGCCUUUACCUGUGUCUUCCGGUGUUUCCCGUGCGACCCGUCCUGUGGGAGUGCCUCGUGGGCUGCCCCAGAGUUCGCCCCGCGCUCAGCUGCACCGAUGGUGAAGAUGACAAGAUCCAAGACGUUUCAGGCAUACCUGCCCUCCUGCCACCGCACCUACAGCUGCAUCCACUGCAGAGCUCACCUGGCCAAUCAUGACGAACUCAUUUCCAAGUCGUUCCAGGGAAGUCAAGGACGAGCAUACCUCUUUAACUCAGUAGUUAAUGUGGGCUGUGGGCCUGCAGAAGAGCGGGUGUUGCUAACAGGCCUCCAUGCGGUCGCAGACAUCUACUGUGAAAACUGCAAAACCACUUUGGGCUGGAAAUAUGAACAUGCUUUUGAAAGCAGUCAGAAAUAUAAAGAAGGCAAAUACAUCAUUGAACUAGCACACAUGAUCAAGGACAAUGGCUGGGACUGACCCGACAGCGUCCAUCCGGUCCAGCAUCCACAUGAAUGCCAUCCAAUCGAACAUUCUACCCAAGCGUGAGAGAGUGACUGAACACUUGGUUCCAUCCAUUCAGGGGCCUUGCCAUCAGGGGGCAUACUCCUACCCUGACGCCAUCUUUUUCGGUGACUGGCCUCUGAAUCGCUGUCUCUCUGUCUCUUUGCUUUGUAUCUGUUUGUGAGUUGAUCUUGGCUUCUCUGUUCCAGUGUUGGCUGAAAACAAAAUGACAAACAGAACAGAUCCUUGGCUGUGUGGGGCCGUGUGGUGGCGUCCACCUUGAACGGGGGCCCCCAGCCCAUAUGAGAGCUGCCUAAUUGUCAGAGCAGUGGCACCUGGGCACAAGGAAGAGCAAAGAUGAACCCGAGAGUCCUGGGGUUGGGGAAGGGGCAGGAGGGUAGAGGUAGAACAAAGCCGUGCUACUCUUGGGGACCUGGCUUGAAAUAAUUGACUCUUUCUACAGGACAAAGAGAAAAAAAAAAUACCUCAUGGCUAUGUUCUCUCUGACGACAAACUUCUGUCCUAACAUCAAAUGUGCCAGGAUAGCAGAUUAGCACAAGAAAUGGCCCUGAUUCUUGCUGACAGGGCAAGACCCUGGCAUUCUGGGCCACGGAAUGUCCUUCUAGGGUGGGUAGGGGGUAGGUAAAGCCCAAAUGGGUUUUAGUGACUCUGAUGCCUCCUGCCCCCACCCCACCCAUGGGCAAUCACCUUCUUGGUUUCUUUCACUCUUUCAGUGAAGGGAGAAAUGCAAGAUGCAAAUAUUCCAUUUAGCCAGCAGCACCCUGAAAUCCACAGUGGAGGAAAGCCAGGGAGCACGGGUCGCAGCCUGGGAACUCCUGAUAACGAGCAGGAAAGUAACAAUGGGUCACUAGUCAGCAGUUCUGUGGGAGCAAUGCAGUGAGGAGAGGUUCGGGGAGGAACAGUUUAGAUUUGGGCCAGUCUGGGCUCGGCGCAUCCUUCCUCGGGGUGCAGUAGCUUCCACGGGAUUAGCAGUUCUCUGUGCAUAGUGUUUCUGGUUUGCUUUUUUUCUCCAGUUCCAUCAUAACCUAGGAAGCAAAGAUCCAAGAUUGCAUCCCCCUCGUGCCUCCAUUGUUUUAGACCCGAGUGUCUUAUGUGGGGAGAGUAAUCUUCUGACAGUGUGGUCCUGCAGUGGGGAGGAAUCAUAGGUUCACUGUGGCCCCCUCACCCAUCACCCCACCCAAGCUUUGCAUUAGCAAUGGGGAAAAUUCCCUGUAAGUCUCGACGCUAAGGAACUUAGCGCAUUGAGUCAACACUGAAUGUUUUACAGCUAUGACGUGGCACAUGGCUGAAACUCAUUUGAAUUAAUUUCAUUUCCUAGGCAGAAAAUAAUGUUAAAAUACACACAUAGUAGGUAAUUCUCAACAUUGUUCUCCAACUAGGCUGGUCCUACAGGAAAAUGCACUUCUUAAAAAAAAAGCCUAAUAAAAGAAUUCAUGGGAAUAAGAAUCUGUAAAACUGGUUAACUCAGACUAAAGCAUCUGACCCAGGGCAUUUUCAAAUCUCAUCUUCAACAGAACUAAUUUCCCAGCAGGAGAGCUGUGGUUCCCUGGCUUUGUCCCCUGUGUCCUGAUCUGGGACUUGGCCCUGCCCUGCUGGUGGUGAUGGCGAGGUGGCAGAGAGCUGGUCAGGCCUGUUUAACAGCAGAUCGCUCCUCUUGUGGGACAUAAGGAUUCCUAGAAACAGGAUUUUGUUCCUCAAGUCUCCUUGUCCAGAGCCUUGGAACAUUAGCUCCACCUCCCAUCCCCCACCACCACCACCAUGGACUGCAGGACAGACUGAGCCUCAGAAGGAGUAAGUUUUGCUUCCUGAAAACCACUUGGUGGCUCCCAGGCUCAAGUUCUCAGUGACACACAUUUUUUCCACUUUCACAUUCCAAAACUGUCUCCAGAGUCAUGCCUUGUCGCGUUCACCCCCCAAUCCUGCCCGAGGGAAGUGGCCUUCAUUUAAGGAUUUGAUUACACACACCCUUUGCUCAGGGAAUAUCCCAGCUCUACUAAAGUCCUUUUUCUUUUUUUAAUGGACAGUGGGGGUUAAACCUAGGUGGAUAGUUUUUCUUUAAAACUAAAAUUAGUGAGGCGUAGAACUUGGAUAUGUGAUGUCCUGCCAUUCUCAAGGGUCAGAGAAGGAGACCAGUGUGCCACUGUUUUUACUUGGUGGGGUCCUUGAUCAUCCUGGACCAGAGCAAGCUCCAGUAGGAGCCUGGUUCUGGAUUUUUCUUGAACUGCUGUCUGAUGAGCAUCCAGUGGGUGUCUGGCACUAUAUAUGGUGCCAAAAGGGAGUAGCAGGUCAGUUUUUCCAUAGCUACUUUGGGGGUGGGACCAAAACCCAUUAGGCUUCUCUUUGUGGCAAUGACACCAGAAGUGCUUCUUAGACCCUUCGCUCCAUCCGCGCUCCAUCCGCGGCGUGUCUGCCUGACACUUAGCAGUGUGACCCUCGCUCCACCCACGGCUUGUCUGCCUGACACUUAGCAGUUUUAGAGUCCACAGCUGAGCAAGGGAGACAAGCGCGCUCCAAGCCUCCGUCAGUUUCUUUAUUUUCCUCACCAAAUUAUUGACUCAGCAUAACCAAAGACCUCAUCCAUUCACCCCACAUAGGUUCAGGGAGUUGGAGUUGAUCGGGUGACCUUGGGCAGGGGUGGGUGAACAGCAAAGAGUGAAAGGGAGGGGCCUCAAGUUCUGUACCUCAGCCCACAGCUGCCUUCGUUUUGAACUGAAGACUAGCUGACCAGCUCCCAUUCCGUCUCCCCGUGCCACUGUAAGGUAAUAGGGCCAUGGCCACCCUGGAGUACGUUCACCCCCUCCCCCAUAUUUCCCUAGGCUGCUAAUGGGUGAAUGAGCAUGAGUCAAGGGUAGCCAAGCUUGAUGCCCACGGGCUCUCGGCUGGGCCUGGCUGAGUCCCGCCCCAGCACCUAGUCAGAUCAUGUAGAUAAGUAAAUCUUUGCUGGUAGAUCAGUGUGUACUAAAGCGGUGUCCCCUUUAUAAUAAGGUUUUCAAGUCUCUUGUGAAAUAUACUUUUGUAAAUAAUAUUUAAUUUUUUAAAUAAUAUAUUUGGUGCUGUAUUCUCAGAUCCCUGGGAGCACUUUGUUUUCAGUUCUAUGGCUUCCUCUCUGUUUCUUGAAGUACAUUUUAAGGGAAAGAGUAAUCACCAAGAUUUUUUUUUUUUAAAGAUCUGUCACUUUAACUUGGAUUGAGGCUUUAAAACAUUUUUUUUUUUUGCAUUUUUGUGUUUGCGUUUUCCCCAGUGGAACAGACUGUAGUAAAUUACCAGGUUAUGAACUGAUACUUUCUUAUCCUGUCUUGGCUAGAAAAGAAACAAGUUUCAGUAGUAAUAACUUAGAAGUAAUUGCUGUAGUUGGGAGAACUGAGAAAUUGAAAUCGUGUGUGUGUGUGUGUGUGUGUGUGUGUGUGUGUGUGUGUGUGUACUUUCUUUUCUACUGAGGACACUAUAUGAAUUACAGUUUACAUCUUGGGCACGCAGAGUUUCCCUCUCUGGUUUCCAUGUCUGAGUGGACCAACAGCAUGGAGCAGGAUUUCUCUCCCUGAGUUGGAGUGUGCUCUGUGUUCUGCUUCUAAAGCUGGCAAAGCAAACCUGUAAGAUGAAAUCGAAGUCAGGUCCAUGCUUCUGAGAUGUGAACAGAUCAGUCACACAUCCGAGGGCUCUGAUUGUUCUAGAAGCCAGGUCAUAUUAAAUGUUAACUGGUUCUGGUUCAGGCUAAAAGGACAUUGAUAACACGAUAUCUUUUUCUUUUUUCUUUUUUGAAGGUCGGAUUGCUUCAGGUUCAGGCAGAGGCUGACAAAUCAAAUUUUGAACAUCACUUUUGUAUUUAAAAAAAUCUGCCUCAAUGGAAAAUACAUUCUAGUUCUGUGAGGGGGAAAGAUUGUUUUUAAAAUCGUGAUUGAUUUCUAAAAUUACUAUACAGUCAUGAAAUGUACCAGAAUCAAAGAUAAAGCCAAGAAAGACCUUAUUGUCUCUACAAGGUUAGCUCUGCCCCGUGUUCUACAGUGUUUUGGUGAAGGCGGAAUCAGUCCCCUCUUCCCAGCCCGCAGAGACUUGUGUACCACAGGUUUGUCUGUCUGUCUGUGUUUACAAACUGUAUUGUUGGAUUUCAAAUUGUGUUUGUUUCUCAUUUUCGGUUGUCUUUGGUGGCAUUUUUUUCCCCCGCAGGUCACUUUGCUCCAAUAACAAAGGCGAUUGUUUUUUGAGUGAUUCGUCUUCACCUCUUUUCGGUAUCUGUACAUAAUGACUCAGUAUUAGUGAGAAGUUGCAUUGUUUGUCGUUUCCUAUCUGUGUUGGUGCUCAUUUGAGAAAAUAAAGUU